AGCAAGACAGGUGGCACUGUGAGUCCGAUCCAGGUUCCCGCCACGUCAGCGAGUGUCCAGUGAGUUCAUAGUUCGUUCUCGUUCCCCUAAUAAAUUCUCUCCUGUUUCCGUUACCGGUUCCUCUCUGGAUUAUCGUCAGUUCCACAUAAACAGUAAACCCUAGAGACGAAGGCACAUUUAUUUAUAGGAACAAGAGCGUUAGAAUUCAUAGUGAUGCAAAUUACUAUUUUUUCAAUGCAGGACACUUAAAUUGGUUCCAGAAAUCUGUUAUAUUCUUGUUUUUCUCGCGCAUUGGCUAUUUUUUUAAUUAAGUCAUGGAGGAUAAUGUGGAAGAAGUUGAGAAUAAAGUUCCGAAAAGUGAUGUUGUUAGCGAAGAAGCUUUGAAAAGUUGUAAUUGUAGCGAAUUGGAAGCGAGGAGUGAAAAGGAGGAAGCGAAGAUUGUAGAAUUGGAAUUGGAGAUGGAAAAGAGAAAGAGUGAUUAUGAAGCACUUGAGGUUAAGUUUAAAGGAUUAGAAGCCGAGAAAAUAUCUGUCGAAGCUGAACUAGAGGCUUCGAGGAUAAGAAAUAAUGUGGCAAUGGAGCGUGGAAAAGCCGUUGAAGGCGGACACAAGGAUACGGUUGUUGAUUUGACUGAGGAUGGAGAUGAGGACGAAGAUGAUGAUGAUAUUGUUGAUCUGAUUAUGGAUGAAAAUGCUGCUUUGCAAUGUGAGAAGACAAGGGCUGAAAGUGAGGUCGAGGUUUGGAAGAAAAAGUUCGAACAAUUGGAGUUGUGGGUGUCGCAGGUGGAUGACAUUACCCUCUCGAGAGGUGGCAAACAAUUGCUAAAUGAAGUGAUAAAAGGCAAUAAUACUCUGCCAGUAGAGCAACUGCAAAGUAGCAAAGAACCACUGGACUCAGUACCUUCCCUUUGUACCCCUGGCAAAACUUAUAAAGACGAUCAAUGUGGCUACACUCCUUUAUCUGGAACCAAAGGUGUCUGUUUGAAAUCUGAACAAGAGUCUCACAGAAUGGCUAAAAGACAUUUGUCAUUUGAAAAAGAAGAAAGAAGCCCUAACAAGAAGAUGGCUCCAUCAACUCCAGCUAGCGCUAAACCUACUCGUCUAAAUGUCAUCGACAUUUUUGGCAGCGAUGAUGAUUCUGACGGUCAUUCAGCCCCAUUAUCUAUCCCUAAUGAUCAGGAAAUUAAAAAAAUCUGCAAUUCAACUGAUCAUGUGUUGACCGGAACAGCGGAUGGUGAGCAAGACUUGAUAUCUAAUAAGUCUGCUGGGAGGGCUGUUGGCUGUGAGGAUCAUGAUGAAGACUUGGAUGAUUACAAGGAUAACAUUCCAAACUCUCUAACUUUUAAGAGAAAACGAGCUGCAAAAAUCAUUACUAGUGAUAGUGAGAGUGAUGAAGACGAUAAUAUUCCGAUAUCUAAGCUAAAGAAAGUAUAUCUUCAGGAAUCAGUCCCUAAUAUAGCUGAGUCUGAUAUGUACUGCUGCUCAAAAUCUGCUUAUGACAAUGUUAAAUGUAAUGUAACCCGUUCAAGGCGGCGUUUGGUGACUUUGAGACAAUGUGAAGAAACAGUGAAAGCAGAAAGCAGCUCUCAAAAUAUUGAACACGGACAAGAAUUUGCUGCGACGGAUGAUGCUGAAGAUGUUGAAUCUGAGGAAGUUGGAUCAGAGAGUGAGGGUGAGAGCUUGGGUGGAUUCAUUGUGGACAGCUCUGAUAUAUCUGACGCUGAUAAUAUGUGCAUUGCCUUAGAUGAUACGUCAGAUAGUGAUGUGGAUUUUGGUGGGAUUUUAUCCAAAUUGCAAAGAAGCAAGGAUAGUUUUAAGUGGGAGUUAGAGGCAGAUAUGCUAUCAGCGUUUGGUAAAAAUCUUGAACUAUGUAUGAAAGCUGUAUGUGCUCUCUAUCGGCAGCAAACCUCCGACGAACAAGUCAGCAAGGAAACAAUAUAUGCGAAUAAAAGAGGAUUUAGCCAAAUUGAUGCUCUCAGGGGCACCGAGUUGGCCUUAUAUUUGACUGAAGGAGAUCCUCAUGGAGAUCUAAAGAAAUCUGCCAAGCAAUUGGAAGAGCGUGGCUCCUACGAAGUUGAACUGUGUAAAACAUUGGCGACUCGCUACUCUAAGCAGUUGUUUGAGAUCUACAAGAAAAAAGAGGACCCUCUAUUUCUGCCAGUGUUGAAUUGAAUAGCAACUCAAGGAAAGCUAGAGAAGUAGUUAAAUUGCCGGAAGGGAAUCCCGAGGGGUUGGAUUUUGUUUUAUAACCUUAGACAUGACUGCUUCGUUUUGAUGUCUAUAUUAGUUUGGAAAUAUUUGUACGUAAAUGGUGCUAAAUUAUGUGAAGUAGCCUAGUCUAAUGUUAAUGUGAAUUGAAAAUCAAGCAGUUGGAUGUUUAUAGUUAUAGUUUAA